UAUACAUAUACAUGAUAUUCACCUGCAACGCCCUCCCUCCCGCGGGCGCCAGGCGAGUCCCCCCGACGAGGCGACAGAAAACGGGCGAGUUCCGAGGGACGAGGAAGGCCGCUGCCCAAAAGGAGUGAUGGUGCGUCAAGAUGAGCCCAUGAUGGGACAGGGAGGCUUGUGUGGAGUGACGUCCCCAGGCAUAGACUCGUUGCCGCCCAUAACAUCACCUCCCACUGCUGGUACCAAUGCGAAUGGCAUAGCUUCGGAAGUGCAGGAAUCCUUGACAACAUUACUAAGUGCCGAGGGGACAGUGUGUCAAGAUGAACUUAUUGCCAAGCUCCGCAGCGUUGUUAAUGAAAAUUUGGAACUCAAAGAGACUAUUGCACAAAACAACCUGGCUCUGAGACAGCAGCUUGCCUUGGUGGUGAAGUGGAAUCAACAGAAUGAACAGCAGCAGCAUCAUCAUCGUCAGCAACUCCUUGAAUUUGGUCAGCAGCUUUCCUCCCUUCAGCAAGAAAAUGCGACGCUAAAGGCCCAUCUUGCAGGCACCAAGACAUCUGAUGUGACUCAACCACGAUUCCAAGAGCUAGACGAGACCAUAAGAUUGCUUAACACUCGGCUGGAAGUAGCAGAGAGGAAUUUACGGCAGGUUCAAGAUGAAAGGGAGAAGUUGAUUGCACAGAGGUCACGCUUAGAAGGAGACAUCACUCUCCUAAAGUGUGACCUAACUACCACACGGAGUGAACAGGAGCGCCUCCAGCUGGAGAGAUUCGAGCUCCUGAGCACAGCCAACGAGCUUAGGCAGCAGCUACGGCAAGUUCGAGAGGGAGCUGCAGCAAAGGCUCGAUCCCUUGAAGCUAGCCCUGUCUAUGAGGGUAUGGAUAAUCCUCUUGGUGAAGUAGAAAUCAAGAAAAUGAAAGAUCAGCUUCGGAAGGAACAAGAUACCUCGGCCACCCUCCUUCAGGAACUCCAUGAUACUCGCACUCAGGUUGAAGGUCUAGAAUCAGAAGUACACCGGGCACAAGAAGAAACUUCUAUGUACCGAGAACGCUGCCGAAACUUGCAGUCAAAAAUUGAUGCUACCUUUGCACAUGCUCCUACCAUUUCCGAUAGAAAGGAACCACUGGAUGCCUUGGAGAGAAAAAGGCUAAUGGAUGAGGCAGCUAUGCUGAGAGAAGAGGUUGAUACAUUAGACGCAGCCCUGACAGCAGAAAGGCAGAAGACAGCUGAUGAACGCACAGCUUUAGCCAAAUCCCAUUCGGAGUUAGGUCGUUUGAAAAAGGAACUCCAGGAAACAAAAGAGCGAUUGGAAAGAGAAACACAGAAUGACCACUAUUAUCAAGUCAAGAUCAAAUCAGCGAGUGAGAAAUACGAUGAAGCAACAGCCAAGCUCAUGUCAUACGAAGAACUACUGGCCGCAAAGAACGAUGAGCUAUCGAGACUGAAGAAGGAUCUCGGCCAAGCUAAGGCAUCUCUGGCUGAACGUGCAAGUGAGGGAGAGACCAUUGCCAUCCUCAGAGCUCAGGUGGAGGUAUACCAGGGAGACUUUAGAGCUGAGCGAGAGGCCAGAGAAGCCUUGGCAACAGACCGGGAGAAAUUACGGGAUGAAUUGCGGCACCUUCAGACAAGGAACACUCAGCUGGUAGAUGAAUUGGAGGCGUAUCAGCGAAGACAUCUUAACCAAGGGCAGGGUAGAGGAUCUCGUGCGGCGUCAGAAGAACCAAUAGGGGGAACAGCAUCUGGUGGAGGAGGAGGGGGAGGAGUCUCCAUUCCUCAUGGAGGUGGUGCCUUGCUCUCUCCUGAGGUCUUGUGGGAUAAGCUCUCCAAUACCUCAGACAAAAAGGAAGAGGACAAGAAAGAAGAGGAAAUUGAUGAAAAUCUAUUUUACUGUCCCAAAUGCAACAAAUCCUUUGCCCAAUAUCGCCCUCUAGAAGAACAUGUCAACCGAUGCUUGGACGAAGACUAGGUUUUGGUUGAUAGGUAUAUGGUGUGAUUUAAUGGUAAGGUUGUAGGUCUAUGUAUCACUUCUGCAUAAGGGCACUUUACAAAUAUAAUGGCAGCUAUACACUACUUAUAAAUAGAAAAUUUUUGCUGGCACUCUGCAUUUGAAUGUUUGUGUUUAGUGCAGUUUUGUUGCACUUUGUACUAUACAUCUUUUUUAAAAUGUUCAAAUACCUCCAAGUGUAGCUCCAGACCAAAAAAAAAAGAAAAAAAAAGUGCUGCAAAAUUAUUUACAUUUUUAAAAUAACAGUUAUUUAAGAAAAUUAUACCUUUUACUUGAAGUAUGAUUAUAAACAAAUCUAUCUCUCUCUCUCUAUAUAUAUAUAUGUUGAUUGCUUUCAAGAUUAAUAAGUAAAAACUAAAGGUCCUUUGCCAGGGUUAAGUCCCGAGUUCCUUAAUUGACAGUCUGUUUUGCUUACAACUUUAAAUGAGGGCCUAUAAAAACAUAUAGAGGUAUCGCACAUAAUCUUGUUUUUCUUUUAAGAUUAUAUAAACUUUCUAGUCAGGUGGACAGCAUAUGAUUUUUUUCUUUGGUAGUACAUUUGUUAAAUAUGAAUGUUUGUUAUAAUGUUACUUGAUUUAUAAGUUGAGGCAUUAGGAGUUGGUGUUAGCCUGCAACUAACAAAAGCUUCCAAAUGAAUAUGAAAUCUGUUAAAUUAACAUUUACCUUUGUUUUAUACUGACACAUAGGCAACUUUUUUGUUAUCAAAAAGAUUGAUAUUGUAUUUGCCAAGUUUAAAAAAUAGACUAUAUGCAUUUCAAAAA